GAUAUCAGCUCCGCGUCACUGCGUACAUUGACUGCUAUUAUACACUUGGAGAGGAAUUCAAGGUUAAACUCUAUCAUUGAGGCAACCGGUGCCAACACCUACCAUGGUUUUCUUCCCCAACACUUGUAAGAAACUGUAUCCAAGCAAUGACAGAUUCAAAGAUGACUUCAUAUUCUCAUGGUUUUGCAACUGCUCUAUUUUCAUUUCUCUAUCAUUUAGCCAGUUACGAAGCAGGUGGUGAGGCUUUGGUUUCCUGUGGUCUUAUGGAGUCGCUUCUCAAAGUCAUUGAGUGGCCUGGGGAAGAGGAUUGUAUCACUUUCGUUACAAGAGCCGUGAGAGUCGUGGAUUUGAUCACUAAUUUAGACAUGGUUGGAUUUCAAAAUCACGGUGGCCUGGCGAUUGUUUUAAACAGAUUGGAGCGUGAAAUUAAAUUAUGUCAACCGUACCAUGGGGGGAUAUUAACAGCUGAACCUGCAGUAAGUAGCCCAGCGGAGAGCAGUGGGAGCACUGAAUCGAUGGAGACCAGUCCCCCACCAGCCACGGCCUCAGCUACAGCUCGUGACUCAAACCAAAGUGGCAACGAUGCUCUGAUGGAUACUGAUGGAUCAACAGGCGGGGGUAAAAAUACCACAAAUGAGGGGCAGCCUGGGACGGCAAUGGAUGUUGAUGAUACGAAGGGUACUGCGGAGGAUGAAGCUUCAAAGUCCUCUAAUACCACAGACUUCUCAAAACACAGUAAAUCCCAGAUCAUACCACAGCGUGCUGCAUUGCUUAAAUCAAUUCUGAAUUUCUUCAAGAAAGCAAUCUUGGAUCCUUCUUUCAGUGAUAGUGUGAGAACUGUAAUGGAUGGUUCGCUACCAACCUCACUGAAGUACAUCAUUAGCAACGUGGAGUACUAUGGACCAGCAUUGUAUCUUUUAGCCACAGACGUUGUAACUGUUUACGUAUUUCACGAGCCUUCCUUGCUUUCAUCAUUGCAAGAUAAAGAUCUUACUGGAGUCGUCCUUAAAUCACUUGUUGUGAAAGAUAUUCCUGCAACACGUGAAGUUCUUGCUUUUCUGCCCAACAUCCUCAGCGCCUUGUGUCUCAACAACCGCGGUCUUCAAGCGUUCAUGGCGUGCAAACCAUUUGAUAAACUGUUUAGAGUUUUACUGUCGCCUGAUUAUCUCCCUGCUAUGAGACGACGGCGAAGUUCAGAUGCUCUAGGUGAUACUGCUUACAGUCUGGGUACAGCGAUGGAUGAACUAAUGCGUCAUCAGCCCAUGUUGAAACCCGAUGCCAUGAAAGCCAUUGUGAAAUUGCUUCAAGAAGUUUGUCGCAUUGGUUCAGAUCCUAAGGUCACGUGUGUGAAAUCAACUAAAUCUGAUACCAGUCUCCCUGUGCAAGGCGCGACGAGUGAAGAUGAACCAGUCUCCGAUGAAGAAGAAUAUGAUGAAGAUAGGUUACCUGUACCCAAGGUUGAUACUAAGGAGAAAAUCAGUGAAGAUGCUUCGAGUGAAUCACAGAGCGACAAAAAGAAAUACGUUCCACUCACGGAUUACAUUCUAAACGUGGUGAAAUUUGUUGACGCAAUUCUGAGCAACAACUCCACUGAUGAUCACAUACGAGAGUUCGUGCGACACCAAGGUCUUGAACCAUUGAUCAAAAUCCUUUCACUACCCAAUUUACCCCUAGACUUCCCCUCUUCACCCGCUUGCCAAUCCAUUGGCAUCGUGUCCCGGUCAAUCCUGUUUCUUUGCCAAGAGCAUCAACUACUACAACAAGGUCUUCAGCAACUCACCGACACUCUCCAAAUUCUUAAUCCAUUAAACAGUUGUUUAACUCGAACAGGACAAUCUGUUUUAUUACAAGAAGUUCUAAAGUCACCGAAACCUUUCCUUGCAAUCAAUUCACACCAUCAAACUCCGCUACUACAUGCGAUGUCGGCUACUCAAUCUUAUGUCAAUAUGUUUACAUACAUAUGCAAGUCAAUACAGAACGAUGUUCGAACAAUAUGUAUCAAUCAUUGGGGGGAGAAAAUUGAAACUUUACAGAAGCUUUGUCAACUCUACUCCUCCUUGGUUUGGGAAAGCUCUGUUCUUUUAGUUCUCUGUACCCAGGAUAAUAUUCCUGAUGAAUGUGAGUCGUUAAAACAAGACCUUCAAAGACUGUCUGAACUCCUUGAGAACGACAGUGAGACGACAGAAACUACCAGGAAAUUAUCUGAUAGUACCCCGCGAUCGUCCGAUGGUAACAUGGCUACAUCUGAUGAUGCAGCAGCGACGUUAUCUGAGGAUUUUCAAACAUCCUCCGACAAGCCUUCCACUUCUGAAGAAGCGAAGAGCAAACCAAAAGCACCUCCAAAACUUCGACUGCUGAAACAUCUCCUGGCGGCAUCUUCUCGGCUUGGCCGAAGUCUUGCCGAGUUCUUCUCGCUGUUAGUUCGGCUUGCAGUCGGAUCUGGUCAGCGUCAACGUAGACCUCAACAUUUGGUAACUCCAGCUAUGCCAACAAUACCGGGAAAAUUGAUCGCCUCUCAGUUAGCGAAACUUCUUACUCAUGGCUUAUCGUGGAAAGACCCUGAGGAGUGUCAACUACCUCGUCUUAAUUUAACUUUCUAUAUUUGCUCUCUGGGCUUUGUUCAUCCGAUGUUAUUCGAUGAUCGUAAAAAUCCCUAUCACUUGAUGCUGCAACAGUUAGUAGCAUCCGGAGGACUUCGUGCGCUGUAUGAACGCUUUCAAUGGGUCGUCACUCGGAAAACUACGAAGUGUACUACCGCUAGUCUCGAAGAACAGUCGACUCUUCCCGAUGGAUCUGAGGAGUUUGUGAAUGCUUGGCUAGCGCUAAUGGAAAGAUUAGUUAACCCUAAGUUUAUUUUGGAAUCACCACAUGUCCUACCAGCACCCGCUGAGGGAGCUGCAAGCAAGAACGGCUUUGAACCGCACAAGUUCUUAAUGAGCACGCAAAAGCAUGCUUUCUCAGCUGUGAACACUCUAUGGGAACAUAAACCUGUCAAAUCAUAUGGAAUACUCAUGAAACAAUCCAUGCUUUCAAUUCUCUGUCAUAUUAUCCACGGCGAGAAGCUAUUGAAAACCAGCGACAAGUCUAGUGCAGAAACCUCCGGCGGUUCCGCCCCAGGCCCAACGGUAACAGCGGAACAACAAGAGGUGAAUGAGGAACAUUUGCGGCAGUUGAUGGAUAUGGGAUUCUCUCGGGAACAUGCAAGGACAGCAUUAUUGAAUACGGGUACUAUUGAACAAGCGACAGAGUAUGCCCUCACACGUGCCCCAGCUCCUAUACAAGGAAGCCAGCAACUUGGGAUAUCACUUGAGAUGUCAGAGGAAGAUCAGAUGAUGCAGGCCAUUGCGUUAUCUCUCGGAGAAAACUUUUCUAUGGUUGUUGAUCAGCCGUCGUCAGGGAGCUCAGAAGCGAACAAACCCAUAGAGAAAGAAAGCAGAGAAAGUGAAAAGCCUAACACCGAAGGCGAAGUCGAAGACGAGUCAUUAGACAGUUCUUUUAUAGAUGAUUUUGCUGCUAACAUGCUGCCUGGUUGUGUUACUCUAGUCAGUGAUGUACCUGAGACUGUUUACAAAACGUGUGAUCUCAUUGUCGCAAUCUCUGUACGCAAUGGACCGGAGUGGAGAGACCGAGUCAUUGGCGAGAUAUUAAACACGGUUCGCGAAACCGCAAUUUUCCUGUGUGAUUUGUACGAAAAUCUGAACCUAAAGAGUGAAAACGCUGCUGAACAAGCUGCAGAAUAUUGUGUAAAACCUCAAGCUGGUUUACUCAAGUCCAUGCUGCACCUACUAAGUCUUGUGUUAGAGGAAAUUAAAUCGCCAUGUGCUUUGUUGAUUAUUGAAUCUGGAACUCAGGAAAUGCUUGCGAAGUUGUUGAGAAUAGUUCAGAAAUGUCUGGUGGAUUUGAAGAACACUGGAAACAAUCCAACAACACCAUGCUGGUUGACACCUUUAUUGAUUCUAAUUGAUCUAUAUGAAAAAAGUGUUGAGACCCAUCAUCGAAAGAUUGCUCACGAUAAAUGUACUGGUAGUGUUUGGAAAUGGUUUGAUGAUCGAAGUGGGAGAUGGCAUAACUAUAGUAAUAGUAAUAACAACACAAUUGAUACUGCGUAUCGUAAAGGAGAAACGUCUAUAAGGUUCACAGCUGGAAGAAGAAGAUAUGUUGUGCAUUUUGACACGAUGAUUCAAGUGAAUGAAGACUCUGGCAAUCGUAGACCCAUCAUGUUAGAAAUCACUCCGAACAUCCCAGAUAGACAGUCUCCAGUAGAAGCUGACAAGAAGAGUGCCGCGCCAGAGACAACCCCUGAACAACAGAGUACAGGUACAGAAACGAAGCCUCCUGUGUCUUCAGAAGAAAGCAUCAAACUAGUCUCCUUACCAAAUGAACAGAAGGAAUAUCUUGUCAGGUCUUGUGUGUCUCUUAUUUCUCUGCCUGUUGAAAACAGUGCAUUGAAUGCAGUUGUUCGUUUGUGUGUUCGUCUAACACGUGAUAAUCAUCUUGCUCAAGUGUUUGUUGAAGCUGGAGGACCUCAUCAUAUCCUGGAGUUAAAACGAUCAUCAAAAUUUGACGGUUUCGUUAUGCUACUAACUUUGCUAUUACGUCACGUGUUAGAAGACCGUGAUACUUUGCGGCAUACAAUGGAAAAAGUGAUACGUUCUGCUAUGGUCAGCGGUAUUGGUAGCACCAAUAGUGGGGUGGGAACAAAUUCACUUGGAACAAAAGAGUUCAACUAUCUGCUUAGGGUUCUAAGUCCCGUUGCAGCCCGCCAACCUGAGAUUUUUAAGGAGCUGCUCCUGAAAUCAAUGAGGUUUUCGUUGCCAUCUCAAAUCAAACGCGGUGGACAGCCAGGCAAUGAGGUUACAAUCCCCCCUAAUCAGGCGUUGCUUGUAAACGCUAACCCAGCAGGAAAACCGCCCAAGAUUCCGAAGGUCUCCGAAAGUGUCCGAGGUGUUGUGUACGAACUGCUGAAUGCACUAUGCCGGGAUCCCGAGGAUUCGAAAUCUGACGAAUCCGUUACCACGGCAACAGAGGAACAACCAUGUAAUAGCCAAGGUUCAGCACCAAGUCAAAGUCAGGUUGGGAGAACCUUAGGAGAGUUGGGUGAUUUAUUGGAUGGUCGACCAACACCAUCAUUAGUGAGACAUCUGACGGGAGAAUCAUUACCUUCUGAGGAUAUUGAAGAUAUGAUUAUUGAUAGCGAAUCAUCCUCAUCUCAGAACCCUUCAACUGGCAACAAGGAUAAUAAAAGCAAAGGAAGUGCAGAGGACAAAAAAGAGAACGAGUGUAAACCAUUGUUAAAUAAGAGAACUGUGUUGAGUAUACUCAGUGAAUUAGUUAAAUCUUAUUCUGGGGUCGCUCAACUCAUUGCUGAGUAUGAAAUACAGAAAAUUGGACAAGAGCAUAGUUCUCAGAUGCCUGUGCUUGCGUUCAUCAUGGACUACCUGCUUCCCUCAGAUUCGAGUAAAACACAAACAGAUCAUUCUCUUCGAUCAAGACAACUCCUCACAGUUAUCGCAGCAUGUAAUCAUAGUCCUGACGCUCAAACAAUCUUUGUCAACGAACUGAAAGAAUCUCUGGCCCGUGCCCUGGCCAUGGCUGAAUCUCAACAGAAACACGUACGGCUACAGUCUUUGUUUCAGCUUGUGUUGGGUAUCAUCGAUUCUGGUUGCAACACCCAGCAACAAAGUAGCAACACGAACGCAACUCAACAGAAUGGAACUAUUAAACUAUUUGUCAAAAAAGGCGUCGUCUCUGAUCUGGCUCGUGUUUCCCAAAGCUUAGACCUCUCAAGUCCUAACGUGGUUGCGACUAUCAAUAGUUUAUUAAAGCCUUUGGAAAAGCUCUCGAACUUGGUGAACCUGCCUGCGCCAGCCAGUGCAACAACAGCGGCUGCGGAAAAGAAGAACGAUUCAAUGGAUACGACAUCACGUACCAGCGAUGUCGCUGAGCAUAUAUUACGCGUUUCCGGAAACCGUGUCACUCGUCAGGAGAUUGAGCCUAGCCGUGAGGAAGGACAGGAGUUUAGUGACUUAGAUUCCAGUGGACUUCAUAUCGAAGGACGGGCUGUGCGGCGAGAUCCUGAUACGUCAUUUAUGAUAGGUUCUGAAGGCGAAACUGAUGCAGUGAACGACACAACUGUCAGUGCUGUGAUUACAGAACAGCCGGGGGAUAGUGACCGUGGUGUACCUGAAAGUGACGAUGAUUUCUCUAGUCCAUCAAUAGACGCGCUGGUGAUUGAAAUCCACCGUGAAACGAGUCAUGACAGCAGUGUAGAUCAAGCUGGGGGUGAAGAGGAAAGUUAUGAUCAUAGUAGGAUAGAUGUGGAUAAUGAAGAUGAUGAAGACGAUGAUGAAGACGAUGAAGAUGAGGACGAUGAGGAUGAAGACCCAGAUGAGGUCGAAGACGAUGAUCAUAGAUCUGAUGGCGAAGAUGAGGAGAUUGAGGCAGAAGAAGAUGAGGAAGCUACCAAUGAAGAAGGACGAGAUGAAGGUGUUGUUGUGGAAAGUUAUAAUGGAGUAAUCAUGUUAGAAGACGAGGGAGAAGAAAGCGAAGAUCAUGAUGACGAUGAUGAUGACGAUGAAGAAGAUGAUGAUGAUGAGGAAGGAAGUGAGAUUGAAGGACAUGAAAGAACUGAGUUUGGAAAUGGAGGUGCUGCUGGUGGAGGAAUUGAUAACGAUUAUCUUUUCUUGCAGCUGGAUGAACCAAGACAAGGUUCAAUCAGUCGCUUGAUUAGAGAACACGCUCAUCCUGGUACUAUCCUCACUUCAUCUGCCUUCCGUGGUGGUCUGCUCGCAGGUUUACGUUCCAACACUGGCGGAAGUAGCAAUCCUUCUACUGACUUCACUAUAGAACAUCCAUUACUAAGAAGACAGCAGUCAACUGACCGUCCUAAUCAAAGUGGUAACAGUCGAAUAUCUCGUGUACAUUUACUACGGAGUGAUCGCAAUAGAUCUGGACAUAUGACCCAUGUUCACGUCCAUUAUUCACAUCCACAUGAAAUUCCACGUCUUGGUCGACAUUUAAUGGACGAUGAUAUCAGAUUGAUAACACGAGCUGGUCAACGGAGAUUAGCAGACGACGAUUUUGGCGAUAUCUUCGAUUUUGGUGAUGGUCCGUCAAGUUCGAACAUUCUCACCGAUAUUUCUUCACCCCUGAACCUGUGGACCCAGGAAAGUCAGAUUCUGGACGGAGGGAGUGUACAUCACUGUGCUGCGACUGUAAAAAAGGACGUCCUACCUGUGUUAGAGAAGGAUCUGGAAGAACAAGUGGAAGUUGUGCGCGAGGGUGAAAGAAAGAAAAGAAAGGAAGAAGAUGCGAAGAAAGCGGAAGAAACAGCUAAGAAAGAAAAAGCUAAAGAAGAAACCAAAGUAAAUGAAACAACAAGCGAACCUUUGACUACAACGGCAAGUGGUGAACCAAUGCAAGUGGAGUCUGUAACUUCUCAACCGGGCUUAACUGAAACUGUUUCAGGACGGGAGGAGGAAGGACAUGUAUAUACUGAAAGCGUGGAAGCAGUAUCGCAAGCUUUGAAUCAACCAACAGAAGAAUCUGGUAGUGUUUCAGAUGGUACCUCAGCCAUCCAGACUGCAAACGAAACUGGACUGUCAAUAAUGCAUAUUGAGCCUACAACUAUCACACCACCGAUUGAUCGAUCUUCCGAAAUGAGUAUUGAAGCAAACACUGAUAAUCCAAGCGAAGUUCAUGUGUCUAACCCCACACCAGAAUCAAUGCAGGAAACUACCCCAGGAAAUGCAGAAAUGCAGAUGGAGUCGAGUGGUGUCAGUGGUACACCCAGCCUUGUCGCCCACCUACCGCAAGUAGCAGGUAUCAUUUCAGCAGCAGUAACUGAGGCGGCGGGGCUUUUUGUUACUCCAAAUCUUGAUGUACCUAUUCAAGAAUGUCCCGGAGCCCCCACUCGUGCAUUGCCUGAGACGCCUGAUGUAUCAGACCCAAAUCUUGCCCCCACACCAAGAUCACCUGGUGAUGAUGAAUUUAUGGACACUGGGGACGGUUCAUCCCCCACAGUAUUCCCCAACACCAGCAACCUUUCUCAGCCAUCUCAAGAAAGUGCGGCAGAUCCAACACAUGCUUUCACGGAAAGCUUGUCAUUAUUUACCACAGAAACGCCCGAAACGAGUAACCCACAGAAUCCACCAGCCAUGAUUGAUGGAGUCCAAAUACCUGAAGGUGUCGAUCCCUCGUUCUUGGAGGCUCUCCCCGAGGCGAUACGUCGUGAAGUGCUUGCAGAACAGUUAGCAUUACGCCGCACACCUGCUACAACAGUUGCUCCAUCUACCUCCAGUGCUGGUGACACCAGUGGUACAUUAAAUGUCAGUCCUGAGUUCCUGGCUGCUCUACCUCCAGAAGUGCAGGAUGAGGUUUUGCAGCAACAACGUUUAGAACAAGAGCGACAGCGCGUGCGCACCAUGACGCCCGAGGAACCUGUGGAUCCUGGUAAUUUUCUCCGCAAUCUUCCGCCCGCAUUACGUCAACAAAUCCUCACCGACAUGGAUGACUCUCAGCUUAGUGUAUUACCAGAGGAUCUUUCCACUCAGGCACAAUCUUUACGACGGGAGUUCGAGGCCCGCCAAGCCCGACUUAUGCAAGAAAGAUUCGCCUUUGGUGGAGACAGCGAUGCCGCGUCUGCAAUAUCUGCUUUGCUCCGCAGAUCCGGCUAUCCGCGUCGCGUUGGCCGCAUUGGUCGAGGGGGGAGCUUACAGUUCUCGCGUCUUAUCCCCCCUGGAAGUGGUUGGGGCCGAGGUCCCGGGUUCUCAGCUGCAGGCAGUCUUGGCAAGGAUAAAAAGAACAGCAUCACAGGACGGCAAAUACUUGAUAACGAGGCUUUAGUGUGCCUACUUAUUUUAUUAUUUGUCGACGAACCUAGAAUCAAUAUUAAUCGCUUACAUAAAGUAAUCCGAAACUUUUGUUAUCACCAAGAAACCAGACAAUGGGUUAUUCAAUCUCUAAUAUCUAUACUAAGAAGGACUAGUGGGCAAAACGCAGAUGGAAGUUGCACCGCAUCGACAACGACAACAAAUACCCGGGGAAAAGGCCCAGGUAAAAAAUCCGAUCCUAAAUCCAGACCCUUAGAAGAUCAACUCGGCGAGGCAUCCCGAACAACGUCCGAAGUCACUUCGUGUGGUUCGUCGUGGUUAAACAUGAGUGUAGAUGCAGCUCUAGGGUGUAGAGCUCGUAUAUUUAAUGUACAAAAAACUGGCAAAUCUAGUGUCGAUAAAUCAGCAAGUAAUGUCUCAGUGAACUCUCAGGCCUCGUCAUUUGUUUGUAAGCAUGUGCUCGAUGCUCUGGCCGCUUUGGCAAAGAAUUUUCCAGCAAGCUUUACGCCAGAACAAGUGACGAGCUGUACGGAGACUGGGACAAGAGAUGAAACUGCGGUCUCCUCGCUCAAUGAAGCGGAAUUCUGGAACACUCUAGUCAGACUUGAUGGAACUUAUGGAGGAAAGAAAGGCAAACUUGCUGCCAAGAAUACGUCGUCUAGUACAGCAGCAAAGAGUUCGGAUUUUAAUUCAUCGCCUAUAGGUUAUCUUAUGAGUUUGUUGUCUCAUCCUGUCAUACGGAAAAGCGCGAACCUAAUGGACAGUCUAUUACGACUGCUGUCUGUGAUCUCUGCAUCUCUACCAGAUAAUGCUGAUCAAGCAAAGGCAAUGGCGAGCAACGACCAGACUACAACAGCCGAAAUUGUCCGUCCUGCAACUCCAUCUAACCAAUCAACAGGUCGUGCCCAGACCCCAGAAUCUGUCACCUCCUCUCUAGUGGUCGAGACCUCCCCUCGGGGGCUGGAACCGGAGACUGAUUCGGUCGAUAGUGGUCCGUCAACCGUGAGCUUACCUACGGAAACUGGUAACGAACCAAUGGACGUCGAGGUUCAUUCGGUGACAUCAUCGGCUUCAGAUAGUAAGGUCCAGUUCCUGGAUGUAGCCCCAACUGAUGACGUGAUAUCAGACACGGUUGUCAUGGCACCACAAUUGAAAUUAGCUGUUGAGGUUUUAACGUCUGGUGCGUGUUCCGAGGAUGGCUUAGAAGACGCGACUACACUCUUGCUGCAGGUUUCGAGACUGAACUCAGAUUCCCGUGAUGCCAUUUCAUCGUUGUUACUUAUGGGUGUUCGUGAUCUUGGUAACGUAGUGCAAAGCAACAUCUCACGUUUACUUGAAGAAUUACGCACGUACAACACAACGCACGCCACGGUUGCGCCGAGCGAAAAAACGCAAAAAGAACCUCUGGAACAAGUUCUUGCUUUCCAACGUCUCAACCGUCCAAUGAAUGCAGGAAACGUCGCUGUUCGGUUGUACAAUGAACCGAGGUUUGGGUUGGGGACUGGUACGAGAGGUCGUCGUCGUAAUCAAGGUCAAGGUCAACAACGUAAUAUUCGUUCACUAACUUAUGACUUACAUCUACCAGCCAUGGCGUCAUUCACGGAGAAAACGUCAAGUCAGAAUUUGUUCCUCCGUGGUUUACGUGUUAUAUUACAGCUGAGAGUAGCGGCAAGGAAAGCUGCAACUGCUGCUAAGAAGGAAUCAGAGAAAAAGAAAGAACAAGAAGCGAAGGAAACCGCACGAAAAAAGUCAAAUGAGAGUGGAGGGGGAAAUAUUGAGAAACCAACUGAUGCUAAGACUGAUGAUGCUGGACCUUCGCAAGAUAACCAAGCCUCAAAUGAUGAUCUCCAAAGACUAAGCAAUCAGCUAUCCUUGGAAGAGCUCUGGGAUACUCUAAGUGAAUGUCUCAGUGAAUUGGCUCGUACCUCAGAUCGAAAUGCUGUCCUGGUCUUGCAGCCUGCUGUUGAGUCUUUCUUCCUUGUUCAUGGUACGGAGAAAGAAGACAACCAAUCAAAUGCCGCACAAUUAACACGUGGCCGAUCCGUUGAAAUUGCAAGACUCGCCUCAAUUCGUAGUAUCGAUGAUAUGCCUCCGUCCCCGAGUCCCACAUCCCCGGGAGGGUCUUUAAGUCCUACAUUACAGACCUCGUUCCUGGCAGAUCUUCCUGUUGAUCAACAGGCGUUCCUACGUUUUGCGGAGAUGCACCAAACAGUUCUUAAUCACAUCCUCCGCCAAUCCACCACCCACCUGGCAGAUGGUCCGUUUGCUGUUCUAGUUGACCACACAAGAUUCCUAGAUUUUGACAUCAAACGUCGGUACUUCCGUCACGAGCUCGAACGACUCAACGAAGGAGCGGCGAUGCGUCGCGACGAUCUUUCGAUGCACGUUCGGCGAGAUCAUGUUUUUGAGGACUCGUAUCGCGAGCUCCACCGACGAUCACCCGAAGAAAUGAAGUCGCGUCUGUACGUCGUUUUCGAAGGGGAGGAAGGCCAAGAUGCAGGUGGAUUGCUCCGGGAAUGGUUCAUUAUUAUGUCACGUGAGAUGUUCAACCCGAAUUACGCCCUGUUUAGGGUUUCGCCUGGAGAUCGGGUUACUUACCUGCCCAACCCAAGUUCACACUGUAAUUCUAAUCAUUUGAGUUACUUCAAAUUUGUUGGUCGUGUUGUAGCCAAGGCAAUCUAUGACAACAAGUUAUUGGAUGCGUAUUUCACGAGGUCGUUUUAUAAACAUAUCCUUGGUAUACCAGUCAAGGUAUCUGAUAUGGAAGCUGAAGAUUAUAGUUUUUAUCAAGGUCUUGUCUAUCUGUUGGAACAUGAUAUUGAUGAGUUUGGAGUGGAACUCACGUUCAGCACGGAUAUCGAGGAGUUUGGUGUAUCCGAAGUGCGUGAUUUAAAAGCCAAUGGUAGAAAUAUCCCAGUCACAGAAGACAACAAGAAAGAGUAUGUUAAACUUAUCUGCCAAGAAAAGAUGACCGGAUCCAUUCGAAAGCAAAUUGAAAGUUUCCUCGAAGGAUUCUACGAAAUCAUUCCAAAGAGAUUGAUCUCAAUAUUUGAUGAACAGGAGCUGGAGUUACUUAUAUCCGGCUUGCCAACCAUAGAUCUUGACGACCUAAAAGCCAAUACUGAGUACCAUAAAUACAAUGAAAAUUCCUUGCAGAUCCAAUGGCUGUGGCGAGCAUUGCGUUCUUUCGAUCAGGCGGACCGAGCGAAGUUCCUGCAGUUUGUGACAGGGACAUCUAAAGUUCCACUACAAGGAUUUGCUGCACUUGAAGGAAUGAAUGGUUUACAAAAGUUCCAAAUUCACCGCGAUGAUCGCUCCACAGAUAGAUUACCUGCCGCUCACACUUGUUUCAAUCAACUUGACUUGCCGGCCUAUGAAACCUACGAUAAACUGCGUUCUGUUCUUCUGAAGACCAUCCACGAAUGUCCUGAAGGAUUUGGUCUUGCUUAAACCCGAUAUGACUUCGGCUUAAACCUCAAAAAAUAGACGGCAAGUGAAUCAAAAUUACUAUUACUUUAAAACUACUUUAGAACAGAAAAUAUGUAUAAAUUCACGCCACAAAAACAUUUGUGAAUAUUAACUCUUAUAUGUUAGAAAGUCGUGGGAAAACGUUACUUGGCUGUCAUAAAUAUAACUUUGUAGUAGUUUCAUGAAAUCUCCCCAUGCAGUGAAAUUUCAUUCUCAUGCAGGAUAUGUACAGCCAUAUUGUAUUAUGAUAAGUUGUAGCAAAAACGCUUUUUGAUUCUUUGCAUAAUUUUGCCUUUCACAAUUGUCUGUUAAAUUGUUUGAGAUGUGGAGGGAAGAGAAAUAAACGUUAUUGAUAAUUUUUGUGUCCGAGAAAUAUUUGUAUGACUGCCUUCCAACCUGAAAUUAUCUACCACUAACAGUGGCGAAAAAUUUAAUGAACAUGUCAACGACUGGUCAGAGUAAUAGACACAAUGCGUGGGAACCCAGGCCAGGCAUGAAAGGUUUCGACAUAUGUGGGUCCACUCUCG